CUAUUCCUUAAACAAUUUGACGUAUCUGUCAAAUUGUUGACACCAAUUUUUCUUUUUUUUGUUGUAUUAUUUUUUAUAAUUAUUAGAAUAGUUUUAAGCUGUAAAAACAAGUAAAAUGGAUAAUUCCCUGACUAAUUUUGAAUUAACUGAGAGUACAGUUAAAAUAGGAACUGAUUCAGAAAAUGGUUCUGAAAAAAGCGAAGCCAUCGAAAUAUUAGGAUAUGGAGAUGUAGAAUCAUCUUCGAGCAAUAAAUCUGACGACGACUUUGAUAAUAAUUUACCCGAAACAGUUACACUUUUAAAACAUGAAAAGACUGGUGCGAAAGUAUAUCUUAUUGGCACAGCUCAUUUUAGUAAAGAAUCCCAAGAUGAUGUAGUAAAGGUUAUAAAAAAUGUUCUUCCACAUGUAGUUGUAAUAGAAUUAUGCAGUUCAAGAACCAAUAUAUUAUCUCUAGAUGAGGCAACUGUUUUAGAAGAAGCUAAAAAUAUUGAUAUGCAAAAAAUAGUUUCUACUAUAAGGUCUAAUGGUGUAUAUAAUGGUCUUAUGUAUCUUCUUUUACUUAAUAUGAGCGCACAUUUAACUAAAGAAAUUGGAAUGGCUCCUGGAGGAGAAUUUAGAGUUGCAUAUAGAGAAGCUUUAAAAAUUUCAAACUGUAAUGUUCACUUAGGAGAUAGACCUAUAAAUAUAACUCUCAAAAGGGCCCUGGCAAGACUCACCUGGUUUCAAACGGUCAAAUUAGCAUGGCAUUUGUUGACGUCCAAGGAACCUGUUAGUGUUGAGGAUAUCGAAAAAUGCAAAAAUCGGGACAUGUUGGAACAACUACUGGCUGAAUUGGCAGGAGAGUAUCCAGCAUUUAGAGAGGUUUUUCUUGACGAAAGGGACAUUUUCUUGACAAAUUCUUUGCAAAUGGCAGCUCUGUCAAAGUGGAAACAAGAACUUGGUGGAGGUGAAGCUCAAGUGGAACCAAUUAGAGUUGUUGGUGUAGUUGGAAUUGGGCAUGUUCCUGGUAUAACAAGACUAUGGCCUCAGGACCAGAAACCAUUCCUUAGGGGUAUUAUUACAAUCCCCCCUCCUUCAAUAAGCUCCAGAGUCAUUAAAUAUUCCUUCAAGAUAUCUCUGUUAGCUUUCGGCGGAUUUCUCGUGUACAAAUAUGUGCCCAUGCCGAGAUUUCUCAGGGAAAAUGUCCAUGUGAUUGUGCAGAAAGUGAUAAGCAAUGUUAAAACCGAUAUUGGCUACAAAUACACUUUACACUGAUUUUAACCGAUUACAACUGGCUUAGCAAACGCAGUUGCUUUUUAAAGAUUUUUUGUAAAAAAAAAACAAAAGUUCUAUAGUGGUUUUCUCAGUUUUUCAAUAAAUAAAGCAUACAUUAUAAAUCUUUUAUUUUUAUCGGUGUCGAUAUAAUGUAAUACUCAUUGUGCAAAAUUGGUUUUUGUAUUAUAGUGUCAAAUAUGUAUAAUUGGCCGUUUCUGUUUCAAGGAAAGGAUUGUGUUUUUCAUCCAUAAUUCACAUCCACACGUUUAAGUUUCUUUGGUACAUAUAAUAAGCUAUAUUUAACUUUUGUAUGUUACAUUCCAGUUUCGUAGAAUUUUAUUGUUGGGUUUGAGGUUUUAUAUGUUUAGAAUUUACUCAUAUUUACUCAGUCGUAUGGAGGGUUCAUACAAAACAUUUUAAGUAAUAAUCAUGUCUCGCAGUGAUUUGAAAGUAUUUUCAGAUUUCUCUACAAUGACAAUAACGAUUUAUCAUUUUAUGCUUCAAAAACAGCAGUUAUCACAGAUUGCAUACUUAAUUAAAAAAAUAACAAGUCUUCAAUUCAGUUACAGUUCUGUAUUAUUUCAAACUAUUUUUAUAGACCGUUCAGGUUGGUAAAUCUGUGGACACUUUAGCACUAAGUACAUUAUCAAAUAUAAAUUUUGAUGAAAUAAGAAUCUCUCUUUUGUUCAACACCUGCAGGGCUUUCUGAAAAUUGCUAGGUAAAAGAAGUCUGUUCUUUUUGAUUAUUUCUUAAGAACACUCUCAACUUAUGUACUUCUGCAACCUUGACACAAAUUUUAGAUUAUGUUACAUGAAACGAGGGAUUUCUGAUCGGCACACCUUUUUUUACACAUUUGGACAUACCAGAAUUAUAGUUAAUGGGCUAAUAUACCUGGCACAACGAAACUUAAAAUUCUACUGGAUUAUUUUUUCUUACUCUGAAACUUCCACACGUUUGUAUUUCUAUCGCAUGGAAAAUAUUUUUUGUUUCGAUGAAUAAAACGAGAUGAUUUUAAUAUAUUUUUGUUACUAUAUGUUGGUGUAUA